GGGUUUGUCGGUGUGUCACCCCCGGCACGAUGUCCCCAGCCCUGACGUCCCCCGUCCCUCUCCCCAGGCCCCCCCAGGACAUCAGCCUGGAGGAGUUCGAUGACGAGGACCUGUCGGAGAUCACGGACGACUGCGGCAUCGGGCUGAACUACGACUCGGACCACUAUGAGAAGGACUGCCUGGUGCUGGAGCGGGGCGAGCAGCCGCACCCCGUCUGCACCUUCCAGGACGACUUCCAGGAGUUCGAGAUGAUCGACGACAACGAGGAGGAGGAGGAAGAGGAGGAGGGCAACGAGCUGGAAGCUCCACCGUCCCCUUCGGCCUCGCCCAUCCCCUCGCCCGCUCUGGAGGAGACGCAGAAGCACCGACCCACCACCCUCAACCUGACGGCCCCGGGCACCCAGGACUCCCUGAACAACAACGGCAGCUUCCCCCAGCCCGCGCACCGCACCACCUGGCAGGACACCCUUCUCCACUCCUCCUCCUCCUCCUCUUCCUCACACGCUGGACACUCGUCGCCCCACGCCUGCAUCCAAGAUGGACCCUGCCUGGAGAGCCCGAAGGGGCCGAGCCCCGGGGGGGCCGGGCAGGCCCCCGCCUCGCUGCAGCCCUCCCCCUUUGACUCGCAAGGCAACAGCCACGAGUCGCUGGCACAUGGUAACCCAUCGCCCCCGAGAGCCGGGGAAGAUUAUAACAUGAAUAUCAUCUCCUCUGCGCUGCGAGCACCGCACUCCCCGUCGCACCUCCGCCAGCCGCCCCCUAAACCGUCUCUCUCUCCAACAGGGCCUGUGGCUCCCCCCGGCCCCCCCGGGCGGGCGGCCAGCAUGCGGGGGCACCCCUCGGGCUCCUCGGAGACCACCUCACCCUCCUCGGACCCCGGCAUCGAGGCCGACCUCACCAGCCGGACCACCAAGCCCUUCCUGCCCGGCGGCCGGCACGGAGAAGACCUCAGCUCGCCCGGCUCCGACUCGGACGUGGAGGGGGAGAUCGAGGCGGCCUUCGCCGGCGGGCGCCUGGUCAGCAACAUGAUCUCCUCCAUCUCGGAGACAGAGCUGGACCUGAGCAGCGACAGCAGCAGCGGCAGGUCCUCCCACCUCACCAACUCCAUCGAGGAGGCCAGCUCGCCCACCUCAGAGGCCGAGCUGGAGACGGAGCUGGAGCCCCCCGGCCUGAUGGGCAUCAAGGACUCCCUGCUGCUGGACAAGGGCAAGGAGGAGGAGGAGGAGACCCUGGAGAGGGAGCUGCCGGAGCGCGGGGUGGUGAGGCGGGAGAGCCUGGCCGAGCUGAAGAUGGAGGGCUACUACGACAGCCUGGACCCGGUGGACUCCUCUGCGCCCGCGGGCCAGACAGACGUCUCCGUCUCCAGCCCCCUGGACCUGAAGAUCGACCCCGACCACAGCCUGGAGAGCAUCCGGCGCUCCUUCUACCUGCCCGUGGGGCCCAAGCUGAUGCCCGAGGCGGACGAGGAGGACAACAGCGAGUACGACUCCGACUCCGAGUCGGAGCCCGACCUGAGCGAGGACUCGGACUCGCCCUGGCUGCUCAGCAACCUCGUCAACAAGAUGAUCUCGGAGGGCUCCUACCCCAUCAAGUGCCCAGACGAGUGCUUCCAGCAGACCCACUCGCUCUGCGACACCAUCUCCCCGGCCUCCGACCUGGAGCCCGAGAUCCUGAGCGAGGCGCUGGACGAGGGGCCGGUCUCGCGGGACUCCCCGGUGGGCACGGGGGACCCGGCCCCCCUGCCCCACUGCCAGCGUGCCAUCGAGCUGGUGGACAUGGAGACGCUGCGCAGCUCCCUCCAGCGCGCCGAGGACGAGCGGGCCACGGAGCCGGUGCCGGAGCUGCCCGCCGACGAGCCGGGCCCCUUCCUCUUCCUCAGCAACCCCACCAACGACACCAUCGCCCCUGUCUUCCCAGGGCGCCCCGUCGCCCUCGACAGGCUGGGCGCCUCCGAGGUCCUGGCCACCUUCGGCUGCCGCUCAGGGCCCCCCCGCGCUGCCCCGCGCACCGAGGUGGCCCCCGAGGAGCACCGCACCACCGCGACACCCUCGCCACCGGCCACCGGCCCGGAGGACUGGGCCAUCGACAGGGACCUGGACUCGGGCGUCCUGGAGGCCGACGCCAUGAUCGACGACGUCCGGUUAGCGCCCCAGGAGCAGAGCCCCGACAGCCACCCGCCCGCCCUGGAUGUCUCCACCGCCAAGACCAACCGCGGCUUCACCAUGGCCUACUCCACGGACGAGGACGAGGUGCCCUACCUGAAGGGCUCCCCCUUCCCCGAGGACGCGCUGCGGGGGAGCUUCGGGGGGGAGCUGCCGCCCGCCCCCGGGGGGCUGGAGCCGCGGGCGCUGGACGAGUCCCUGGCCUACGACUCGGUGAAGUACACGCUGGUGGUGGACGAGCACACGCAGCUGGAGCUGGUGAGCCUGCGGCGCUGCACCUCGGUGCUGAGCGACGACAGCGACCUGCUCCGCGCCUGCGACCGCUGCGACCUGGAGGAGGAGGAGGCCGCCUUCGGGGAUGGGCUGGUGGCCCCCGACGCCCACAGCUCCUCCGAGGACUCGUCCCCAGAGGCCGACCUGCAGUUCUCCAAGAAGUUCCUCAACGUCUUUGUCAACAGCACCUCACGCUCCUCCAGCACAGAGUCCUUCGGGCUGUUCUCCUGCAUGGUGAACGGGGAAGAGCGGGAGCAGACCCACCGCGCCGUCUUCAGGUUCAUCCCCCGCCACGAGGACGAGCUGGAGCUGGACGUGGACGACCCCAUCCUGGUGGAGCUGGAGGAGGAUGACUACUGGUACCGGGGCUACAACAUGCGGACGGGGGAGAGGGGCAUCUUCCCCGCCUUCUACGCCCAUGAGGUGGUCGGCCAAGCCCGGGACGCCAUCGGCCUGAAGAGGAACCCGUGCUGGGUGGAGCGGUUCAACGUGCAGUUCCUGGGCUCGGUGGAGGUUCCCUACCACCAGGGCAACGGCAUCCUCUGCGCCGCCAUGCAGAAGAUUGCCACCACCAGGAAGCUGACGGUACACCUGCGCCCGCCGGCCAGCUGCGACCUGGAGAUCACGCUGCAGGGCAUCAAGCUCAUCCUCACCGUCACCGAGUACAGCCGGGACGAGGAGUUCGAGCGCUGCAGCCACUUCUUCCAGAUGAAGAACAUCUCCUUCUGUGGGUGCCACCCCCGCAACAGCUGGUUCAUCCCCCGCCACGAGGACGAGCUGGAGCUGGACGUGGACGACCCCAUCCUGGUGGAGCUGGAGGAGGAUGACUACUGGUACCGGGGCUACAACAUGCGGACGGGGGAGAGGGGCAUCUUCCCCGCCUUCUACGCCCAUGAGGUGGUCGGCCAAGCCCGGGACGCCAUCGGCCUGAAGAGGAACCCGUGCUGGGUGGAGCGGUUCAACGUGCAGUUCCUGGGCUCGGUGGAGGUUCCCUACCACCAGGGCAACGGCAUCCUCUGCGCCGCCAUGCAGAAGAUUGCCACCACCAGGAAGCUGACGGUACACCUGCGCCCGCCGGCCAGCUGCGACCUGGAGAUCACGCUGCAGGGCAUCAAGCUCAUCCUCACCGUCACCGAGUACAGCCGGGACGAGGAGUUCGAGCGCUGCAGCCACUUCUUCCAGAUGAAGAACAUCUCCUUCUGUGGGUGCCACCCCCGCAACAGCUGCUAUUUCGGGUUCAUCACCAAGCACCCGGUGCUGAGCCGCUUCGCCUGCCACGUCUUCGUCUCCCAGGAAUCCAUGCGGCACGUCGCCGAGUGUGUCGGACGAGCGUUUCAGGAAUAUUACCAGGAGCACCUGGAGUACGCCUGCCCCACAGAGGACAUUUACCUGGAGUAAGGGGACGGUCACUGUGUCUCCUGCUUCCGCACCCCCCUCCAGCCCCACAGACGGCCAGAGACUCUGUCUGACCCCACAACCAGCCGGCUUGGCCCCCCCUGCACAUACUCCAGCCCAUGCCCCACGGACUCCCCGCACAUCCU